UCAUGAUUUUGCGGUAUGAUUUUGAUUUUGAAGAGGGUUUUUCGCCAUCUGGGCCGUGGUUCAAUCCCCUGUUCGGUUCGAAUCUCAUUUCAAUCUGCAAACAUGCAUGCCAAUCACUUGCUUCUCGAAGAGCCUAUCAGGAUGGCCUCCAUUCUCGAGCCAUCUAGAGCCAAUUUCUUCCCCGCAAUGACAAAGAUCGUUGGGACUUUGGGCUCCAGGUCUCGAUCUGUCGAGGUCAUCUCUGGUUGCCUUAAAGCUGGAAUGUCUGUGGCUCGAUUCGACUUUUCGUUGGGGGAUCCUGAGUAUCACCAAGAGACUUUGGAAAACUUGAGGGCUGCUGUGAGGACCACUAAUAAGCUUUGUGCUGUUAUGCUAGAUACAGUGGGUCAUGAGUUGUAGGUUGUCAACACCAUUGAGAAAACUA